UUAAAAUGUUGCCAUCUUAAAAUGUUCCGAUUAUUGGUGAACAAUGUCCCUAGCUUUGUUUUAGCUCCCAAUUUAUCCGUACUAACUUGAAGCUUCAAUUAUCUUAUCAAAUCCUUGCAGUAUAAGCAUGACCACACAACCAAUGUAGAGUGAAAGAGAAACCUGACUGAGUGAAAGAGAAACUUGGCUGAGUGAAAGAGAAAAUAGAGAUAACACGCAAGAGAAAUGGCUGUAAAUUGGCUGCCCUUCAUUGGAUGUCUGUCCAUAGCGUUUGGUCCGUCUGUAACCCUGUUUCUGUGUACUGCUGCUAAGGAGGCUCAGGCAGUGAUAUUGUUGAUAACCUCGGCGUUUUUCUGGUUACUCUCUCUACUGCUCUCCUCCCUAGUGUGGCUAGCUGUGGUCCCGCUCAGGAAACAUCUCGCCUUCACACUUGUCUUCUCCGUCCUAUUUCAGGAAGCGUUGAGGAUACUGUUUGUACUCCUGGUUAAGAAAACUAACGUUGCUCUGUCCAGAAUAUCCCGGGAAACUACCGACCUGUUUCAUGGUCCCAGAUACUCUGUUAUUGCUGGUCUCGGUUACGGAGUGAUGAGUGCCAUGUUUAUGUACGUUAACGUUCUCUCUGAAGCCAGUGGUCCAGGAACUUACUACACGCCAGGAUCCCCGAGUAUGCCGAUAUUUGUGUCAGGAGCCCUCCAAGCUAGUGUCAUGACGGGACUGCAUGUGUGUUGGGGUCUACUCUGCUCAGAUGGGGUGGAGAAGAGAUCCUGGCCUCUACUCCUCUCUGUCACUCUUACUCAUCUGCUGGUAUCCUGUCUGACACUCAUGAAUGAGGCUGGAAUGUCUCCUCUGUACGCUAUUAUCUUCUCCUACCUGGCUCUCAUCCUAAUUGGAGCUUACACUUUCAGACGAUUCCAAGGAAACGUGAAACCGUUCUUUAAGAUUCUGUAGAAUUGUGGGACAUUCAAAUCAGAUAUUAGCAAGAUGUUAAACAUUUGGGUGUUUAAAUAAUAAAUAGUUAGGGCAAGAAUAGCAAUAUAGUAUGGUCUGUGAAUAAAUUCGUAACAAAGGUUUCUCUGCAGGAAUGUGUUGUCCAUAGUCCCAGGCACCACAAAAAAACGUAAGACUGAAACCGAUGGGGAAAACUUUUUCUAGAACAAUUUUUCUCCAGGCGCCUCACGCCCCAACCUUAAAAGUCGUUACUCGGCUUCGGAUGGUCUGUGAGAUCUCAAGAGGAAAUGGAAAAUGACCGCAAUUGCCACAUUAUGGCAGACGCACGAAGUUUUCAAAGGGAGCUGACAAUCACAUAACGAGAUAAUUAGGUUUUAUUCCGAAAAAUCACUUAAAAACUGUCUUCAGACAGACCUUCCGAAGCCGACUUUUAAGGUCGGGGCGUGUGGGCGCCUGGAGAAAAAUUGUUACAGAAAGUUUUCCCCAUCAGUUUCAGUUUUACGGUUUUUGUUGUGCCUGGGACUAUGUAUAUGGACAACACAUCCCUGUAGAGAAACCUUUGUUACGAAUUUAUUCACAGAUGGUCCCAUAAAUUUCUAUUGUUGCCCUAACUAAAACCUUUGUUUAGAGUCUUCGGAUUCUUAAAAAUCUUGUUUAUUCCGGUGGUAUAAAUCAGAUAUUAGCAGGACGUUUGGUAUCGGAGAUGCUCCGAUAUCAAACAUCUUUGGAGAUUUAAGAAGUCGCUGUGUUUAUAAAAUCCUAUUGGGCAGAGAUUAAAGCUGUUUUCAUUUUUUAUACUUCUAAUUUAAGCUUAAAUUGUUAAGAAUUUCGGGAUUGCUUGGAAUCGGGUAACGUGUGCUUUCAGAGGAGGUAAUAUUAUGUUAAAAUGUGAGAUUCAUACACAUGUAUGAACCGUGAUAUGAAGUUAAUUUGGAUUGAUUUCUGUGUUGGGUAGUGUAUAAUUAUAUUGUAUGUUAUCUAAUGUAUUUAAAAAUACCACCAACUUUUAAUUAUCCAACCAACAA